ACCAAACCGAUCGCUCGAGCGUGAUUAGUUUUCAGCCAAUAAGCCGAGCAUGACUCGUAGUCUUAACAAAAAGGAAAAUCGAUCCCGAAAAGUGAAAAUUAUGGAGCUCAGAGAUUGAUUGAUUUUCAUUUUUUUUAUUAAAAAAGAGCAACUAUUUUUAAUAAUUAAUUAUUAUUAUCCAUUAUUAUUGUUAUUUUCUUGUUAUUAUUAUUGUUACGGUUGUCAUAACAGUUUUUGUGGCGAACCGGAGAAAAUCUUGACUCUCUGCAAUCGGAAGAAAACCACCAAUUUUCCAGUUUCCGUCUCUCUCGAUUCGGCGUGAAGUUCUUCACGGCGGGCAUUCCAAUUCGUGGAUUCGAGAUUGAAUUGCGGAGCUCUGUUUGUGGCUGUUCGAGGAGUUCAUUGGCCGAGCAUGAUCCAAUCGGAUUGAGCUGGGGGAGCCGGGAAAUAGGAUCGGCUCCUCGUGUCCUGGAGCGAAUCUGCGGGCUCCCCAUUUAACCUCUGCCCCUGGAAGAUCUGAUUCUGAGUUUGUAGGAGCCAACUGGGAGCCGUCUUGUCUCUUCCAAAUGAGAGAUGAUGUUGAUCAACUUAGUGCAGGCCUCGGAAUUACUGGUACUCUGUUAUUUGAAUCUGGAGAGUGGCCAAUGAAUUUGUCAUGAUGAGUAGGGCAGAGCCAUUAAUCAGUCGAUGGAUACGUCGGAUAACAUCUUCUCUGAUUUGUUCGGCAUAAUUAGGUCAUGGAUCCCUUGGCGCUCUGAUCCUGCCAACGUCUCAAGGGACUUUUGGAUGCCCGAUCAGAGCUGUAGGGUUUGCUACGAGUGCGAUAUUCAAUUCACGUUCCUUAACCGCAGACACCAUUGUCGACGUUGUGGGAGAGUCUUCUGCGGGAAAUGUACCUCUAACUCAAUCCCUGUCUUAUGCACUGACCCUAGGACCUUGUGGGAAGAGUGGGAGAGGAUCAGGGUUUGUAACUUUUGCUUCAAGCAAUGGGAGCAGCAGAAUAUUCCUAGUAAUGAAGAUGGCGAGCAACCAAUCAAUCAAGAGAUUAUUACCUCAUCGACAGGAGGAGCAAGUUUCGGCAGCCCCAAGGCUGUCAUCCCUACCCCUACUGGUAGAGUUAGUCUCAGCUCAAUGUCGAACCCGCUUGGGUCAUAUAAAGAAGAAGUUCGACCCUCUCCUGAUCUGAGCUCAACCCAGCCAUUUGUGAUGGAAAAGAAUGCAGACAGGCCAGACACAAUAGCUUCAGGAGAGGUCAACAAUCUUGUAUCGGACAGAGUGGUUCAGCCUCAGAGCCCCUACGAGUUUUCACUGAUCAGGAGCGAUGAUGAUGAUGAUGAAUACACCGAAUACCAAUCUGAUACUGACUCGAGGCGGUAUCCCCAGAUCGACCGCUAUGAAAGUCGAUCUGAACUUGAUGAGUUGACCAAUCCCAUGGGCUCGAAUGAGGUGCACCUCGAUGGAGACAAGAUUGAUACAAAGAGUUUGACAAGCUCCUCUCUACAGCAUAGUUUUAUCUCAGAGGGAUCUGAUGGGGUUCCACAGCUUGGUAAGAAGGAAGAUGAACGCUUAUUAGGAGACGAGGGUGAAACAGCAACAUCUUCUAUAUAUCCUGGAAAGGUUGGGGCAGACUCUGUGGACUUCGAGAACAGUGGUGUGAUAUGGCUUCCUCCUGAACCAGAAGAUGAGGAAGAUGAGAAGGAAGGUUUUCUGUUUUAUGAUGACGAUGAGGAGGGAGAUGCUUCUGGGGACUGGGGAUGUCUCCGCAGCUCAGGAAGCUUCGGGAGUGGUGAGUUCCGUAACAGAGAUCGGCCAGGGGAAGACCAAAAGAAUGUUAUGAAGAAUGUCGUCUAUGGGCAUUUCCGAGCUUUGGUAGCUCAGCUGUUGCAGGUCGAGAAUCUCCCAGUGGGUGGGGAGAAUAGUGAAGAGAAUUGGUUGGAUAUAAUAACGUCUCUGUCUUGGGAGGCAGCAACCCUGUUGAAGCCAGAUACAAGCAAGAGUGGAGGAAUGGACCCAGGUGGAUAUGUGAAGGUCAAAUGCUUAGCUACUGGGCGUCGUUCUGAGAGCUCGUUGGUGAAAGGAGUUGUAUGUAAGAAAAAUAUUGCACAUCGGCGGAUGACAUCGAAAAUAGAAAAACCUCGCAUACUGAUUCUUGGAGGGGCACUCGAGUAUCAGCGUGUCUCGAAUCUCUUAUCGAGUUUUGAUACUUUGCUGCAGCAGGAAAUGGACCAUUUAAAGAUGGCUGUUGCAAAGAUAGAUGCCCAUCAACCUGAUGUUCUCUUGGUAGAGAACUCGGUUUCUCGGUUUGCACAAGAGUAUCUCCUAGCAAAGGACAUAUCUCUUGUUCUCAAUAUCAAGAAACCACUUCUUGACCGAAUUGCCCGUUGCACUGGAGCUCAAAUAGUCCCUUCUGUCGAUCAUUUAUCGUCGCAGAAAUUGGGCUAUUGUGACAAAUUUCAUGUGGAUAGGUUUCAAGAGAAUCAUGGUACUGCAGGACAGGGAGGGAAGAAGUUGAUGAAGACGUUGAUGUUCUUUGAAGGCUGUCCAAAGCCAUUAGGCUUUACUAUUUUGCUUAGAGGUGCUAAUGGAGAUGAACUCAAGAAGGUGAAGCAUGUUGUCCAGUAUGGAGUUUUUGCAGCCUACCAUUUGGCCGUGGAGACGUCUUUCCUGGCCGAUGAGAGAGCCUCUCUGCCUGAACUUCCUCUCAGAUCUCCAAUCACAGUGGCACUUCCAGAGAAGUCUCUGAGCAUUGAACGUUCCAUCUCAACAAUACCCGGUUUCUUACUUCCAACCAGUGAAAAGCCUCAGGAUCUCGAACUGAGCGAGCCUCAGAGGUCUAAUAGUGUUCCGGUUCCAACCAUGUCUGAAUUGAUCACAAGUGCUUCUCUUCAGAAACCCGAGAUGUCUGAAUUGGUCAAAAAUUUGAGUUUCAUGAACUCAACUGCCUUGCCCUUCUCUGCUACUUCAGGGUAUGCGGUUUCUGGUUUCCGCGACAAUGGUUUGCCGUCAAAUGACAAGACUACCAUGAACAGGGAAGCAGUUUCCCAAGAUAUUACAGCUUCUGCAGCCCAUAAUGGGCCAUCGGACUUGGGUGAUAAUCUGACUGUUAACAGGGUUGAUCUUUCGGAAGCAACAGGUCAAAAUAGCUAUAGUGAUAUGGUCCCGAAGCAGGUUUCCAACUUUGAAGGUGGUUCUGCACAAGUAGACAGUAAAACACCCGGGAAUGAACCAGGACAGUUAAAAGAUGAGUUUCCUCCAUCUCCAUCAGAACAUCAAAGCAUUUUGGUCUCCCUGUCGUCAAGAUGUGUGUGGAAGGGGACCGUAUGUGAAAGGUCUCAUCUCUUUCGAAUCAAGUACUAUGGAAACUUCGAUAAACCUCUAGGGCGGUUCUUGAGAGAUCAUUUGUUCGAUCAGAGUUACCGAUGCCAUUCUUGUGAGAUGCCAACGGAGUCGCAUGUUCAUUGCUACACACACCGGCAAGGUACGCUCACGAUAUCCGUGAAGAAGCUACCGGAGUUCCUCCUCCCCGGUGAGAGGGAGGGAAAGAUAUGGAUGUGGCACAGAUGCCUGCAGUGUCCUCGGACUAAUGGGUUCCCCCCUGCAACAAGAAGAGUCGUUAUGUCCGAUGCUGCUUGGGGUCUGUCCUUUGGAAAAUUCUUGGAACUUAGCUUUUCGAAUCACGCAGCAGCUAGUCGGGUUGCGAGCUGCGGCCACUCCCUUCACAGAGAUUGUCUUCGUUUCUAUGGGUUUGGCAACAUGGUCGCAUGCUUCCGGUAUGCAUCUAUAUGUGUUCACUCCGUGUAUCUUCCUCCUCACAAACUGGACUUCGCUAGCGAGAAUCUGGGGUGGAUUCAGGAAGAAGCUGACGAGGUGGUUGAUCGGGCAGAGCUUCUUUUUUCUGAAGUGCUCAAUGCCCUUAGUCAGAUUGCAGAGAAAAAACAUGUUACAGGUCAACAUGCUGUAGGCGAUGGCUCGAAAGAUUUGAGACGUCAAAUUGUGAAUUUGGAGGAUAUGUUGCAGAAGGAGAAGAUGGAAUUCGCCGAAGCACUUCAGAAGACUCUGAAUAGGGAAGCAAGAAAGAGCCAACCCAGGGUUGACAUUCUCGAGAUCAAUCGACUUCGUAGGCAGCUGCUCUUCCAAUCCAUCAUGUGGGAUCACCGCCUCAUUAAUAUAGCUAUUACUAACAACAGUGCCCAAAAUGGUAUGAAAGACUUGACAGCAGGAAAGGAGAAACCUCUUAAUGCAAAUGAGACCCUUUCCGAGCCAAUCGUUGCGACAAAGCCUGAAGUUUCUCUUUCUCGUGUUGCAUCUGAUCCUGUGGACACAACCAUAUUGAACAGAAGCCCCAAUCUCAAGAUGGAGUUGGAACACCAUAUUAAGAUGGCUGAUGGAGUUAAUCAAGAGAGUGAGAGAUGUGAGAAUCAAGACCAUGGAGAAGAAUCGCCCGCCAAUCAUCCUGACACUUUGCUCUCUGGGAAGAAUGUUAGGCGGGCCUUAUCUGAAGGACAGAUACCGACAGUGGCAAUGUUGAAUUUGUCUGACACUCUCGAUGCUGCUUGGACUGGUGAAACUCCCCCAAGCUUGGCCAAAGAGUAUGAUAAAAAUGCCGGGGAACAUCAUCCAGAUACAAUUUCAACCACCAAUACCGUUUCUUCGGUGAAUGUAAUUCUUACGUCUGGAUCUCUGGAUAAAGAUAUCAGUAAUCUUGAUGAGUCCAAGAGGGUUUUGAAGAAUCCGAAUCACUCAGUCCCAUCUGAUAAUGUGGAUGAGCCAGUAACAUGGUUGGGACUUCCAUUCUUGAGCUUCUAUCGAUCGCUUAACAAGAAUUUUUUGACAGGGUCCCAGAAGCUCGAUAUGCUCACUGAGUACAAUCCUGUAUAUGUCUCCUCAUUUCGGGAAUCCGACCUCCAGUGCAGUGGUCGUUUCUUCCUGCCUGUUGGUCUCAAUGACACUGUGAUUCCUGUCCGCGACGAUGAGCCCACAAGCAUAAUUUCCUAUGCAUUGGCCUCAUCAGAAUACAAUUCACAGUUAUUAGAAGAGACUGAGAAGAUUAGAGACACGGAGUCUGUCUCCUCUUUGUCCUUUUCCGACACCAUCAAUCUCCAGUCAAUGCAUUCAUUUGAUGAUUCUGCGUCUGAAUCCCUAAGAAGUCUUGGUUCGGCAGAUGAGAGCAUCUUAUCUCUGUCAGGGUCUCGUGGUUCCCUUGGUCUGGACCCACUAUUUUACACAAAAGCCCUACAUGCUAAAGUCAACUUCUCGGAUGAUGGUCCCCAUGGUAAGGCCAGAUACUCUGUGAUCUGUUAUUACGCAAAGAGGUUCGAGGCUCUAAGGAGGAUAUGCUGUCCAUCGGAGCUGGACUACAUACGGUCUCUAAGUAGGUGUAAGAAGUGGGGAGCGCAGGGUGGGAAGAGCAACGUGUUUUUUGCGAAGACAUUGGAUGAUCGAUUCAUAAUCAAGCAGGUCACAAAAACCGAGCUUGAAUCUUUCAUUAAAUUCGCUCCUGAGUAUUUCAAGUACCUAUCAGAAUCUAUCAGUACGGGCAGUCCGACAUGCCUAGCAAAGAUCCUUGGGAUUUAUCAGGUUGCAACGAAACAUCUCAAAGGAGGCAGGGAGUACAAGAUGGAUGUACUGGUCAUGGAGAAUCUUCUGUUCGGGAGGAAUGUUAUGCGGCUCUAUGAUCUAAAGGGAUCCUCUCGAUCACGGUACAACCCAGAUUCUAGUGGGACCAACAAAGUCCUUCUCGAUCAGAACUUGAUUGAGGCGAUGCCCACUUCUCCCAUAUUCGUCGGAAAUAAAGCCAAACGGCUGCUCGAGAGAGCUGUUUGGAAUGACACUUCUUUCCUUGCCUCGGUGGAUGUUAUGGACUACUCGCUUCUUGUGGGAGUAGAUGAAUCUAAGAACGAGCUCGUGCUUGGAAUCAUCGACUUUAUGAGGCAGUACACUUGGGACAAGCACCUAGAGACGUGGGUGAAGGCCUCGGGCUUGCUUGGUGGGCCCAAGAACGCAUCACCAACUGUGAUCUCACCCAAGCAAUACAAGAAGCGUUUCAGGAAGGCUAUGACCACUUACUUCCUCAUGGUCCCCGAUCAGUGGUCCCCGCCGACGAUUAUCCCGAGCACAUCUAACUCUGAUUUGCAGGAAGAGGUCGCCCAAUCUUUUCCUUCUGUGGAGUGAUAAUCAAAACCGAACUCUUCCACAUUUUAUGUAGAUUGAAGCCUUGUAGAUUUGAGGGGUAAGUCGUCCUCCUCCUAUACUUCGGUUUUCUUCUUUUUUGGCUCGUUGGUUCGAUAGGUUUUGUUCUUUCAUUUCGCCGAUUCUUUGGGUUAGCCCCAGUUCUUUGGAAUACGACUUUCGUCGGAAGAAAUCUCUCUGAUUUGUUAAUGGAGAUUUUUUCUCAAAAACGAGGCUGUUAGGAAAGCCGCAAAAGUAUGUCGGAGGUAUGCUAUUAAACGGCCCCGGCAUAGAAGUCUGUCUGUACAAAAAAACAGGGAUAUACUGUGAUCAUCUUCAUGUAUUACCCCCAACCACUAUGUGCAUAUGAAUUCAAUCAAAUGUGAAAAUUUUUCAUUUCACAUUCGUG